AUGAAUUCUGCCUCCAUGAGGGGGAGAAGUGAGAAUCCAACGGUCAAUCUCCGCCGGAAGCGUUCUGUGGAACCAGAAGAGGUACCAUCCAAACGAUGCACUACUACUAAGGAUCUCUCUACCUUUAUUACACGGUCCUUGUCCUGCAUGUUUUCGGAUGUUGCUACAUUGGACCGAGAAGAUCGCAGCUCGGAUGGCAAGGACAGCUUGCCAUCAGGAACUCUUCCCACCGACAGCAGCAGUUGGGAGGCUACCCACGAUUCUUCCAGCUUGUUUUCCUCUCAAACGAAAAAGAGAAGAUUAUUCUCACUUUCUACCUUGCAGAACCACGCUACUGCCGCCUCACCGGCAGCCCCCUGCUCUGAAUCUUCCACUGCCAGUUCUAGUAGUAGCAUCCAAAUUUCUCCAAGUUCUUCUCCUCUCCCGACUACCAUUUCCACCACAACCACAUCUUCUUCGGUGGUUUGUUCCUCCAUUUCCGUUUCGUCCGAUUCCAGUCAUUGCUCUCUGCAAAGACGGCGAAAGAGUCGAUCUAUUGGCAAACUAUCACAGUCAGAUACCCUCUUCUCUUUGGUCCAUGACAUUCCUGCAUCAUCCUCCGUCAGUUGCUUUGAUAGCAGCAACAGCAGUCGAUGCAGCAGUAUUCUGGACUUGGAUGAUACCUUUUUGAGCUUGCGAGAACGAACCGAAGAAGAUGAUGACUCCUUGUCGUACUCGGAUGAUUCCAGCACAUCGUCCGAUGAAGAUGAUGAUGACUUGAGUGUCAAUGCCCCUCGUCGUGAGGAGAGUGGUUUAUGGUAUCCCAACAGUGGGAUGGUGGUGUACCCGCUUUGCGAUGAUGAUGAUGAUGAAGACGAGGGAGGUCUCUUCUUUUAA